AAACGGAGCUCUGCCCUGGCCGGGGGACAGGGAGGCGGCUGCGGUUGAGCGCGGAGCUGGGACUGGGGCUGCCGAGGAAGAUGCCACGGUCCAGGGGGCCCCGCCUCGUCCCCCCGCUGCUGCUGCUGCUCCUGCUGCUACCCGAGGCACUGUCCACAGCUGCUGGCCAUGCACCUGCUAAGAGCAAGAGGGCCAAGGAGCCUGGAGAGAACAAAAUCAAGCCGGCCAAUAAGCGAGGGAAGCCGACCCUGGCCCCCGGGAAGGACAGGGACUCUGUGGCCUCCAUGCCCAAGACCUCAUCCAUCAUGAUGCAGGUGAUGGAAAAGGGGCGCUUCCAGAAACCAGCUGCCACCCUGAGCCUGGCUGCCGGCCAGACUCUGGAGCUGAGAUGUAAAGGGAACAAGGUGGACUGGAAUUACCCCGAGUACCUGGACACCUUUAAGGACUCCCGGCUCAGUGUGAAGCAACACGACCGGUAUGGACAGCUGAUCCUGGUGAACGCCACGGCGGCAGACACCGGGGAAUACAGCUGCUGGAUGCAGGUGUGCACUGGCUACGUGUGCAGGAAGGAUGACACCAGGUCCGGUGCCACUUACAUCUUUUUCACAGAGAAAGGAGAGCUCUUUGUGCCUUCUCCCAACUACUUCGGUGUGGUCUACCUCCAUCCAGACAGAGAAGCCAUUGUCCCUUGCCGGGUGACCGUCCCAUCAGCCAAGGUCACCCUACACCGGGAGUUCCCAGCCAAACAGAUCCAAAGCAACGGGAGCAUCGUUUAUGACGUGAAGAGGGGCUUUGUCUACCUGCACCCUCAGCCUGACCACCAAGGGGUGGUCUACUGCCGGGCAGAGGCCCACGGGGCCCCCCAGAUUUCCAUCAAAUACCAGCUGCUCUACGUGGAAGUUCCCAGCGGGCCUCCAUCCACCACCAUUGUGGCCUCCUCCAACAAAGUGAAUGGCGGGGACGACAUCACGGUCCUGUGCACCGUCCUGGGUGAGCCCGAUGUGGAGGUGGAAUUCCGGUGGCUAUACCCGGGGCUUAAGGACGAAAGGCCUGUGACGAUCCAGGACACAUGGAGACUGGUCAGCCGAGGCCUCGGGCGCACCACGCGACUGUCCCAGAGCAUCCUCACGCUGCAGGACUUUGAGACCAUCGACACCGGCUACUACAUGUGCACAGCCCAAAACCCGCGCGGGCAGACCACCGUAGCCACCACCGUGCAGUUUCCCUGAGGCAGGUGGGGGGGAACAGAGGGUCAGUCAUUCAAAGGCCCAGUCUCGUGGAGGGUAACUGAACGCUAACGGCUAACAUUGAUCUAGACAUUUGAGGUUCGCAAGGUGCUUUACAAAUUGUGUCUCUUUUGGGCCUCACAGCUGUCCUGGGAGGUAGGUGCUACUAUGACCCUCCCCAUCUUACAGAUGGGGAAGCUGAGGCAGGGUGGUCACAGCUCUGCCAGCUUAUUUGGAUCUGUCCUUAGCCAAAGGCUGCUGCCAAACUUUGUGUCCCUGUGCGUGUAGGUCUCAGACAAAGGCCCCAGCCAGAUCAGAAGCCGUCGGGCACAGGAACGAGGCAUCUCGCCUGUUCCCGUGUCUCCCCCUAAGAUAUGGUUGGAGGGGGCUUACUUCCAUGUAUGUGCUUCUGACUGUUGGUCCUGAAUGAACACAUGUAUGGACGAGCAAUGUAGUCACUGAAUAAAACGUGAAGCUUAAAAGGUA